UACUUGCGGGUGGAGCUGACCCUUGAGAACCUUCAAGAGCACAAAAUCUCCACAAAAACCCUAACCUUAUCAUCAUCAAAACCCUCGUCCUCAAAUCUCCGCGAACUUCAAUGCAAGCGGUGGUCCGCCGCCGCAAUGGCCGCCCAGUUCGUCAUCGCCCUCCUCCUCUCCACCGCCUCGAACCUCGUCCCUCCUUCCUCUGCUGCGCCAUUCCAGUCCUCGUUUCUCGGUGGAAAACCCAUCAAUUUCUCGUCGAACCUCCCGGUCGCGCGCCGAGCCGGCGGCGAGGGCGCGCUGACCGUGGUCGCCGCCACGAAGAAGGCCGUGGCUGUGCUCAAGGGCAACUCCAGGUCGAGGGCGUGGUCAACCCUCCUUCAGGAGGAUGAUGGUCCAACAACAGUGAAAGUUCGUGUCACUGGACUUACACCAGGACUUCAUGGAUUCCAUCUUCAUGAGUUUGGUGAUACUACCAAUGGCUGCAUAUCUACAGGGCCACAUUUCAACCCAAAUGGGAUGACACAUGGUGCUCCUGAAGAUGAAAUCCGUCAUGCGGGUGACCUGGGAAACAUUGUUGCCAACUCUGAGGGAGUUGCAGAGGCAACAAUCGUGGAUAGCCAGAUUCCAUUAAGCGGGCCCAAUGCAGUUGUUGGAAGAGCAUUUGUGGUUCAUGAGUUAGAGGAUGAUCUCGGAAAAGGAGGACAUGAACUCAGCCUCAGCACUGGGAAUGCAGGGGGAAGAUUAGCUUGCGGUGUUGUUGGGUUGACCCCAACUGAAUGAGCUCUCAUUUAAUACAUACUGAACCUCCUGCUUCUUCAUCCUUGGAGUAAGGUUGAGGUUGCGUGCUUCUUUUCAUGGGGAAGCAGGGUCUUCUUUGAUUACUGUAUUUGAUUGGGGAGUUCAUGAUGAGUUGCUUACUUGUUGAACACGAUUCAUGUAUUUGUACUGGUAAUAAAAUGACCUCAUUGUAAUUGCCCAAAUUGAGGAUUCAUGUGAUACUACAUAGUGGUGUUAUUGGCCAAUUUGAGUAUUCAUAUGAUACUCUACUCUUGUAGCAAUUAAUGGCUGCGCUGGAGGAAUCAGAUUCCUGUGUCUUUGCCAGCUUUUGGUA